GGGAGAGGGCCGCCAUAUUGGCGUCGGCCGCGCUGUAUUGUCAUAAAUAGAGCCGGUUUUGUGGUGUUUUCACUGCUCGGUUGGGUGCCUCAGCAGUAGUGAGCGCGGAAGUGGGAGCGCGGAGCGAGCUCGGAGCGACGGGAGGAAAGCCGACAGAGGGAGAAAGGAAGAACAGGGACUCGGACUGCACAGCCAAAGACAGGGAGACGCAGGAAGCGAUGAAAGAAAUGUCUGCAAAUACCAUGCUGGACAGCCAGCGUCAACAAAAGCAUUAUGGAAUAACUUCUCCAAUAAGUUUGGCAUGUCCUAAAGAAAUUGACCAUAUUUACACACAGAAAUUAAUUGAUGCCAUGAAACCAUUUGGAGUGUUUGAAGAUGAGGAGGAAUUGAACCACAGGCUUGUUGUUCUUGGUAAAUUGAAUAACUUAGUAAAAGAAUGGAUUUCUGAUGUCAGUGAGAGUAAGAAUCUUCCACCUUCUGUUGUAGCCACUGUGGGUGGUAAAAUUUUCACAUUUGGAUCCUACAGACUGGGAGUACACACCAAAGGAGCUGACAUUGAUGCACUGUGUGUAGCUCCAAGACAUGUGGAAAGAUCUGAUUUUUUUCAGUCUUUUUUUGAAAAACUGAAACAUCAAGAUGGGAUUAGAAACCUAAGAGCUGUUGAAGAUGCUUUUGUACCUGUUAUAAAAUUUGAAUUUGAUGGUAUUGAAAUUGAUCUCGUCUUUGCAAGACUGGCAAUACAAACUAUAUCAGAUAAUUUAGAUCUAAGAGAUGACUCUCGUCUCAGAAGCCUUGAUAUAAGGUGUAUUCGCAGCUUAAAUGGAUGCAGAGUUACUGAUGAGAUUUUACAUUUAGUACCAAAUAAAGAAACUUUUAGACUCACCCUCAGAGCAGUCAAAUUAUGGGCAAAACGUCGUGGUAUUUAUUCCAACAUGCUGGGUUUCCUUGGUGGAGUCUCCUGGGCCAUGCUAGUUGCCAGAACUUGCCAAUUGUAUCCAAAUGCAGCAGCAUCAACUUUAGUUCAUAAGUUUUUUUUAGUUUUUUCCAAAUGGGAAUGGCCAAAUCCUGUGCUCUUGAAACAGCCAGAAGAAAGCAAUUUGAAUUUGCCUGUCUGGGAUCCUCGGGUAAAUCCAUCAGAUAGAUACCAUCUCAUGCCCAUAAUCACCCCUGCCUACCCACAACAGAAUUCUACAUAUAAUGUAUCCACAUCAACUCGAACAGUAAUGGUAGAAGAAUUUAAACAAGGUCUUGCAGUUACAGAUGAAAUUCUUCAAGGGAAAUCAGAUUGGUCCAAACUACUUGAGCCACCAAAUUUCUUUCAGAAAUAUAGACAUUAUAUAGUAUUGACUGCCAGUGCAUCAACAGAAGAACACCAUCUAGAAUGGGUUGGAUUAGUAGAGUCUAAAAUCCGUGUACUUGUUGGAAACUUGGAACGGAAUGAAUUUAUUACUCUUGCCCAUGUGAAUCCCCAGUCAUUUCCAGGAAAUAAGGAACACCAUAAAGACAACAAUUACGUAUCAAUGUGGUUCCUCGGGAUAAUUUUUCGGAGAGUAGAAAAUGCAGAAAGUGUUAACAUAGACUUGACAUAUGAUAUACAGUCAUUUACUGAUACAGUGUACAGACAGGCAAACAAUAUAAACAUGCUGAAGGAUGGAAUGAAAAUUGAAGCAACUCAUGUAAAAAAAAAACAACUUCAUCACUACCUUCCAGCAGAGAUUCUUCAAAAGAAGAAAAAGCAAAGUCUCUCUGAUGUCAGUCGAAGUUCAGGUGGAUGUCAAUCCAAAAGAUUAUCUCUGGAUAGCAGUUGUCUGGAUAGCUCCAGAGAUACUGACAAUGGAACACCUUUUAAUUCUCCAUUGUCUACAAACAAACCUUCCAAACCAGAUAGCCCUCCUGGAGAAACAGAAAGGACUAGUGCUGAGCCUGCUAGUAUAAUUGUGGAGAAGCCAUUGCAUGUCCCACCAGCUCAAGGACUAUCUAUUCCAGUCAUUGGUGCAAAGGUUGACUCUACGGUAAAAGCUGUAUCGACCCCAGCUGUGUGUACCAUUCCUACUGUAGUAGGACGAAAUGUCAUUCCUAGAAUCACAACAUCCCACAACCCUACCCAGGGACAACCACAUCUAAAUGGAAUGUCAAAUAUAGCUAAGAAUCUUAUACCCAAAAGAUCCCAUUCCCCGUCCAUAGAUGGAACUUCUAAGAGGUUGAAAGAUAUAGAAAAGUUUAUUCGACUUGAAUCAGCAUUUAAGGACCCCCGUGUUGCUGAAGAGAGAACAGGAAAAUCAGUGGAUACUAUUGGAGGAGAAUCUAUGCCUAUUCCAACUAUUGAUACAUCACGUAAAAAGAGACUACCCAGUAAAGAACUACCAGAUUCAUCAUCUCCAGUUCCAGCGAAUAACAUACGUGUUAUCAAAAAUUCCAUUCGAUUGACCCUUAAUCGGUAAAAGCAGUAUCUCCUCACUUAUGUGAACAUGCAGUCAGAUAGUGGCAUAGGUGCAGCUACUCUUCAAAGUAGAAAUGGCUGCCAUCCAUAAAAUAGGUGAGUUACAGUCUUCAGUCUAACAACCUUGAAGUGGUUUUUGAACUCACUUUGACCUGCAGAUGCUGUAGCAUUCCCUCACUGAUUGCUACACACACUCCUAUGAGGAUCACCUGCUACCAGAUUGUCAUCUACAACAUGCAUUUGGAGGUUUUACUGCCUUAACUUUUUGUUUGUUUCUCUGUUAUGGGAGCCAGUUCUUGGCCACUUGGACACUGUUAUAAAAAGUCCUGAACCAUUUUUUUUUUUUUAAGUCUUAUGUUGUAAUCAUUGUAUAAUGCUAAAAAAGCAGAAAACAAAAAAAAAAUUCUCUUGUAAUUUUCUAAGUAUUAAUGUGUUUACUUUAACAUUGAUGCCAAUUUGUGAAACCUGAGAUUAUAAUGAAUGUGAGAUAAUUUUUUUGCUUUUCUCAUUUGUGUAGAUGUACUGUCCUGUUGUUUUAAAUUAUUAUUUUCCAGAUUGGCAUAUGGAAUAUUUAUUUUUUUGUACUUUUCUGUCCAAAUAUUUGCAUCAUUACCAGGGAGAUUAGUCCAGUGAUUACAAAAGAGUUGGACACCAUAAAUUCUCUAUUUUUUGCCUCCCAUGGAGGCCCUAAAAAUGCAUCUUUAUUAAAAAUCAAAAUGUAACCAGGAUACUGAAAGUCAGUAUAUGAAUGGUGAAAUUAUUCCAUAUCCUAUUUCAUGCCAUUCUUGUUAAUUGGUAUUUUAUAUUGAGGAACAACUCAUUUUACCAUCAGUGAUAAGAUAUCUUUAAGUAUGGCCAACUUGUAUUUUUUUAGGUAUAAAAUUCACUCAGCAUGAUAAUACUGACCAUAACUUACCCCACAACUCCACCAACAGUUUCUUCAAAGACUAGGCAUGCAGAAAUAAGCAGUGGAAUUUAUUGAAACCUAAAGGCAUUUUUGGAUGACACUGUUACCAACCAUCAAUUGGCUCAGGUCCUUUGUAAUUUUUAUUUAACUAUGAGUUGUCCUUUUUUACACUGCUUUUUUCAGUGCAUUUCUUAAUAUUUUUUAAGUUUCAUGAAUGCAUGCUGUUUAUUAAAAUCCAUAACCAUGUAAUUCUUGUAAUAUGUUGAUUCAGUGUUUUGUAAAUGAAGUCGUAUGUAUUUUCAGAGUAUUUUUGUAUGUACUGUAAGAUACAUCUUUUCAAAGAGAAACGUUUAAAAUCUUUACUGUCUAUCUUUAGUCUAAUUUUUUAAUGUGCAUUAUACUUGAAUUAUAUUUAAAAUGAAAAUUUAUAGAAUCACAGUCAGGAGUGCCAGAAUAUAUUAACUUCUUCAUCUCUUAUCCAGCAGUUAGUAGGUCCAGCAGGAAAAACACAAGUGGUACAUUUUGUGAGGGGGAAAUACCUGGAUGUUUGCUUUAUUGGACUCAUGGGAUGCCAUCUAGUUCAUGCAGGUACAGAAAUCUGUUUUACUUGCAAACCCUUUACCUUUGAGUUUAAGUUCUUGAAUUCAGGUUGUCAGAGUGUAGUAUUAUCUCUUUUCCACUCCUUUUUCUUGACCCCAAAGUCUCUGAUGUGAAAAUUCUUACGUUUUAACUUUUACAAAGGAAACAUAAAGAAACGAAGUAAAGAAAAGCAAUGAAAAAAAAAGAUUGUUCUACUAUUCAUUUUUUACACAGCAGCAAAAGACAAGAAUGAAAUCUCAUCACAAAGAUACAGCUUCUGUUUAGUCAACCUCUUUCUUAAAUUCAGAUAUUUUGAAUUUGUUCUAUAAGUACUGUAUUUGAACAAAAGUAAACCUAGGACCUAAUAAUUGUCAUAUAACUUUGAAUUCUGAAAAAUUAUUUGGUAAUGGAUUUGAUUAAAUUUUAUAUUUUUGAUACAUAUACAUUUGUAUAUUUCGUAUCCUCUGCUUUUAAAUCAGCCUUUACAGUCUCUUAAGAAUUCUUUAUGUAUCCGUAAGGAUACUGUUUUGGAGUGAUGAGUUUUUUCUUCAGGAAUAAAACAAGUCUAGUCCU